AUGUCUGAGGCUCGAGUUGUGGUGGUGACGAAUUUGAAACCGUCAAAGAUGAGAGGAGUCAAAUCUGAAGCGAUGCUACUCGCUGCUGAAAAAGAAGUUAACAAUAUUUCAAAUGUGUCAUUGAUAACUCCCCACGAGAACACUCCCAUUGGGAGCGCAUUACAUUUCAAAGGUUUUGAUUCGAUUGAAAAAGCUCCUCGUCUAAAGUCGCAACUUUGGCAGGAACUCCAGUCCAAGCUUCGCACCUCCGAAAACGGCACAGUGGUGUUUGACAACGACCAUCCACUAGUGGACGAGCAUGGCAACCCAGCAACAAGUGUACCCAAUGCUGGUGUACGUUGA